ACCAACGUGCUUUUUUAGCCCGCAUUUUCUUGGCGGACUAAAAGCUGCAUUCCGCCCCACCCCUUUACAAACAACAUCUCCACCACUGUACCUAAAUCAGGAAGCACAGAGACACGUUUUUUUCUUUCUUUCUUUUUUUUUUGUUGAAACGGAGACACUUUGGUGAUUACAACAACGGCGAACCAUAAAGGGGAAAAAGGCGUUAUUGUCGAUGCUGUUGACGACCACCGUCGACCACUGCUGAAAGAAGACUGACAGUUGGUCACAUCCAGUGCAAGGCUCAGCUGUGGAUGCAUUUGACACAGACUAACCGGAGAAGGUCUCUGUCAGCAGCAUGGGCCAGCAUCUAGGAAAGAGGGAGUUACCCACAGACAGCAAGGUAAGAGUUCUCACUGCUCCGUCACCUGAACCCAAAGAAGCGGAGGCAACAGCAGCAGCAGCAGAACCUGAAUCACAAGAUGAAGUCUUUGGCCUGGGUGAGGCAGAUGCGAACCAGAACAAUGGCUGCGUCUCGGAGAAGCCGGCGGUGACUGACUCCACAGGCGCUGAGGGCCCCCACCAGCCCUGGCCCCCCGCCAGCACAGCUGACCCUGACGCCGCCACACCACGCCCCCACCUGGUCCGCCUCUUCUCCCGAGAUGCCCCGGGCCGAGAGGACAACACCUUCAAAGACCGACCCUCCGAAUCGGACGAGCUGCAGACCAUCCAGGAGCACAGCGGAGCUUCAGAGUGCGGGUCGGAUAGCCCCGAACAGGACCUAGAAUAGGCUAGCUUUUUUUUUUUCCUCCCUCCCUCUCUUCUCUCUUUUUUCCCUCCUCUGUCUUUCGGUCUCUCAUUUAAGAGAGCUACAAGAACCCCACUUUUGACAAAUAUACUACCAACCACUACUACUACAACCAUGGCAUCUGCAAGCAGCUCUGCACAGGCCGCCUUCGGGCUGGGCCGGAGGAAGAAGAACCCCGGCCUCCUGGAUCAGAUUGGAAAGUUCUUUGGAGGGGACAAGAAGAGGAAGAGCAAGGUGAGGAAGCGGGGAGUGUCGAGGUGAAAAACUCGGCCCUCUUCAUGUAUCUCAGUUCAUUCUGCUGAUUCACUCACAGAACCACUUUUUACUUCUGAGUCUUUAACAGAUUUGUUGCAACAUAUUUGUCAUAUAGAUUUGUGUUGGUUUUACUGUUGUUUUUAUGGUGAACCGAAGUCUGACAUUGUCCUUUGAUUCACAUUAACUGGAUAAUAGGUUACGAAUCGUCACUGGAUUAUGACUUUGGGUGGGAUUUGUUUUACUUUAAAUUUUUUAUUACAAAGAGGCUGUGAGUUUGAAUCAUUUAUGGAUACAUUUCUUUACUCUGUUUUUCUUUUAUUUGAAUGGUACUGACAUAAGUAGCAUUUCUCUCUUCGGUUAGAUUUAAUAUAUCUGUUGUACAUGUGAUUUGGUGAAUUUGUUCACUUGUUGCUGCCCUUAUGCAGUGUGUUUAUUAGAACUGGAGUUAAGAACAGCCGUGUGUCAGUUCAGGUACUUCCCUUAAUGAUGAUGAUGAUGAUGAUGAUGAUGACGAUAAUGAUGAUGUGAGAGAUGGGGCAAAUUCAUGCCCGUAUCAUUUAGAUGUAAAACUAGUACAUGAUUUUGGAUUUUGUAGAGGCCCUAGGUGCUCUGCAGAGAGUUCACACAGCUUCAUUUGGAGAGAGUUAGUCUCUUUGAUUUCUCUGUCUCUGGGGUCAUUUUUAAACAUCUGUGAUAAGUCAGCUCCAGGGAGGUACUUCACUACUGUUUGCACGGUACAGCAAUCUGCUAAGUCACUUUCAAAUUUAAUGAUCACAUUAUGCUAUAAAUGAUCAAAGAGAUGUAAGAUGUAUAUUAACAUAUAAUGGCAUCUAUUAGAGUAGAAGCAUAUUAUCUCCCCGUUUGGGAAUAUAUACAAGAGUCUGCAUUCUGUAAAGUAAGAACAGGCUUAUCUUAUCUAGCAGGCAAGUGAUUACAAGGCAUUAAAGUCUGCAUUGCUUUUAAUUACUGUGUACUCUAGUGUUGUCAAGAUACCAUCAUUUUGACCAUUACAUAAGUAUGAAAACCUUACUGAUCAGGCCCACUUUACAGAGGAAAAACCCCACGUUUUUAUGUUGGUUGUGAAGUGAAAGCUCCAUUUGUACUCCUGGCACCAGUUUGUCCAUCACUUUGGACAGACUGGGAUUUACUUCCAGACGUGAUGGGCUGCUUGGCACUGCAGCCACAGCUAUUAAGACCCAGAGUGCUGCCCUGCUGGUUCCAGCCCCUCUCAGUCCACGGGCCACGCACUCAGUGAUGCCCUCUGGGGGUGGUGAUGAAAUGGAAAUGUGGUGUAAAUAUUCACUGCAUCAUUGAACAUGCAUUGAAAUUUGGUUAUCCUGACAACACUACUGACGCUAAAUCCCAAAGCCUCUUGUAAGUGCUUUAGAGGAAAUGGAACUGUUGCUCUGUAUGUUCCAUCGUGAGUCAUAACUGCUUAUUUCGACUGCUCUCUAAUAGUGGACAUUACUGGUAUUGGUUUAAAUAGAGAGCUGUGGUGCAGCGAUUAAAUCCUGUGGAGAAAAAAAAAUCCUCUGAUAAUAAGCUUUUAUUUCUGCCCAGCUAACCCUGCAGAGCACCAAUCAGAGUGCUUUGGCAAGGUAAUUGCAAAGAAAUCACUCAACAGCAUGAAAAUAUGCAUUUCCCCUGCGCCUUAGGUCAUCUAUGAGAAGGUGUUCGGUGUAAGAUUCAGGAUUUAAAAAAAAAAAGAUUUUCUAUAUACUGUAUGCUACAAAUUGCUUUAGCCUGCUGAUCUGAUAUUGUUUUGCCUUUAUAAAAUGUUGAAAUGUUCAGGGAAAAAUGUCAACAGAACAAAUUGUCAGACUUUCAUUCAACAUGAGGCUAGCGACCAGUUUCCUGCAGUAUUUGCUUUUUUUCUUCUUUUUAUGUCAUAAAGCUGUACAUUGCUCUCCGUAUUGAUGACAAGUUUACUAAAACAAAGUUGUAGAAAUAUAUAUUUAUGUAUUCACCAAGGGUUUGCCUUCAAAUGAUAAGUGUUCACGUCUCAAGUGAAUGACAGACAGGUUUGCCCCACCUCCGUUGCCUAUAGCAAAAAAAUGAACCUGCACUAACCUGCUGCCAACACUUAUUUUUCCAGAAUUCAUCAUGAAGAUAUUUUUAAGCUUAAUUUUCUUAAUCUACUCUGCCUGUCUGUGUGCACAUAUUCUCCACAGACAUACUUAAUGCAUACAUCGACUCCUUGGCUAUUAAUGUGGAAACAUUGUGUCCAUGUUCUCUGUUGGAUCUUGAAUAUGCAUGUUGGUUAAUAUUCGGCAGGUGUGGAGCCGUUUCCAAACUGAUCCUUCGUGCGUUUUAUGUCCUUCAUCAUUUACAUAAUUGUCAUUCCAAGCCCGAGACUGGGCUUCGAGUAAACAUUAAGACAAGCGCUCAAGUUGCGAGAUGACGCCAAAAAAACGUCUAACAUCAGUCUCAGGACAUGAAACAAUCUGCAUUUGAAUGCUAACAGGUUUUUGAUCAUUUCAAAUUACAGUGAUAAUGAUGUGUUAAUUGGAGGGAAAAUUAAGUUUGCAUGAACAUUAGCUAUUCAAGCAGAAAUAUAGACUCAUAAAGAACAAAGACUAUUUUUAGGUCUUAAUUUGCAUGUUAAUUUGUUGAAUGGCAGACAGAAUCAGUCAUAUAAUGCAGUGCAGGAGUGAUUAUCAGGCUUUAGCAGAACAGCUCACAGUCAAAACCAAAAUCGUGUGAUACUGUACUCUAACCCCAGUGUCUUGGAUGCAGAGGGGGUGUCGGCGGCCCCCCUCGCAUCAGUUCGCUCACCUCAGGUUCAUGUGUCUUUGUCCCAGUCGGAGAGUUUGUUUGAACCAGCAGCGGAUCGAUGCUGAUCCCUGUUUUGUAACGCCUUCAACUUUGCAGUGGAUACUUGUAAGCGUUUGUAUCUGUUGUGAAGUGUUGUGACCGUUGACCUGUUCCUAACCUGAUCCUGUUCUAAGCUUUUUUUGGAUUAUUGCUUGAUUAAAACUCUUUAACAACA